CGAUGUUUUAACCGUCGAAUGUCAAUUAUGUCAUAUCCAUUUUUCCGAAAAUUUGGGAAUCGUUUAAUUUAUCAUUCCAAGUCGAUUUCACUAUUACAAAGUUGAAAAUCCAGCAAACGCUAAUAUAAAACUAAUCAUUCAUAUUUUCCAUCGCGUUGUACAGUUUGUAAAGGCUGAACGUGACUUGCGGUAUUGAAACGUGCUAGUGUGAUAUGUGUAGUGUCUUUGACGAGAAAGUGCCAAGGAACUGUCUGUAACAGUGUGAUUAUAAACAUUCCCAACGUUUUUUUCCUUAUUUAAGGUAAAUACGGCCAUAAAAUGGAAGGCGAGGUUUAUACUGAGGCCCCUGCAAUGGCCUACGCCGCAUAUAAUUUCGAGAAUACAGCACUAGAACUUGCAAGAGCACAAUGGCCUAACUAUGCCGAUCAGCACUACUUAAAGGGCUGUAAGUGGUCCCCAGAUGGUACUUGCCUCCUUUCAGCCAUAAGAGGAGGCGGUAUGAACGUAUUUGAGCUCCCGCCUGACUUAUAUUCUUGCGACAGUGUUCUUCAAAGUCGUCCGAUUGUUCCAUUAAAUCCAGCGAUAUCUGUACCAGAAGCCGGAUUGAUAUACGACUAUAUUUGGUAUCCGGGCAUGAAUAGCAGUAAUCCAGCAACUUGCUGCUGGCUUUCGAGCGGACACGAAGGACCAAUCCACCUGUGGGAUGCUUUUACAGGAGACCUGAGAUGUUCCUAUAGAGGAUACAAUGCUGUAGAUGAAUUAGAAGCCGCCAUGUGUUUAACAUUCUCCGCUGAUGGACAAAGUGUGUUUUGCGGCUACAAGAAAAAUGUGAAAAUCUUUACUACAGGUCGCCCUGGAAGAGAAUGCGAUGAAUAUCCUAUUUCACACCAGGCAUCAUGUAUAGUUGCAAGUCAGGCUCAACCGGGUGUUGUUGCCAUAGGCACGGUAAGAAACACAGUUGAACUUGUCUCCCAAAGCGAUGGUACCUUUCGACAUCUGUGCAAACUUCAGGCUCAUAAAGGAGGCAUUACUUCGAUGGUUUUCUCAUUGGAUGGUUCGCGUCUGUACACUGGAGCAAGAAAAGACAAGGAGUUGAUAUGUUGGGACUUACGUGUGCCGGGAAGGCCAAUGUUUGUUCUAACCAGGGAAUGUAAUACCAAUCAGAAAAUCACCAUUGACUUAUCCACUGAUAAUAAAUGGCUAGUGUCCGGAGGUAGUGAUGGUAAGGUGCAAAUUUGGAACGUCAGCGAACAGCAUUAUCCCACAGUUCACAUGCAGGCUGUUAUACAGUUGGUCUUCAAGUCACGUUUCGUGACCCAUCAGGACUUAAAUCGAGGACUAUUAAUUUAUUUAUUUCCACAUAAAAUCACUUAAAAAUCAACUAAUUAUCCUAAUAGGACUCGAUGACAUAGUUCGACUAUCGAUGAGUUUGCAUAACGAUAGCUGUAAUGGGGUGAGCUUACAUCCUUACAGGCCCAUUCUGGCGACAGCAAGCGGUCAACAUCACGCAAUCGAUCCGUUGCAUCACUCCAGGACGAUGCCCGUGUAUGAGAAUGCUUUGUGCAUGUGGUGGGUGGGCACCCAACAGGAGGACCAGGACUUGAUCACUACAAUCAUAAAAGCUGCUACUCAUGCUUCUUAAUCUACUCAAUCUUUGUAAAUUAUUGCCUUACGAAAGUGAUACCUUAUUGAUUUUUUGAAACGUGGGUGACAGCAGUUCUGAGCUGUUUUGUGGUUUUCAAUAAAGCAUAUUUCAAUGGAAAA